AUGGUUGAGAAGAUGGUGAGGAUGGAGGUUGGAGGUUGGAGGUUGGAGGUUGAAGGAGAGGAGGAAGAGGAGGAGGAAGAGAAAAGGGAAGACGGCGAGAAGAGGCAGAAUAACGAAGUCAGCAAGGAAGGUAAGAAAAAAAAAGAGCGCAAGGGCAAAGGAAAAAAAAAGGCGCGAAAAAAGGCAAAAAAGCGAAAAAAGCGGAAAAAAAGGCGAGCGUCAGGUGAGCAAGAAGAAAAGGAAGAAAAGGAAGGGAAAAGUCAACCUUUUUCCUGA